CUGCACCUGGCAUGAUAACUGAAACACGUCCUGGGUCAACCCAGUAAGUGUACUUUGUAUGGAUAGAGGAGGUAGGGGUGGUGUGUGCCUGAAUGAGCUAUUUUAAUCCAUUUCUGCAGCCCCGGAAACUUGCCUGCUUACAGAUUGGGUGGAUAGACAAGCCUUGGAAGCUUCUAGAUCUUCACAAAACAAGGCAUUCAGUGCAAUCCUGGGCUUAUACUUUGUGUGUUCCAGGAUCAGUAACUUGACUGUGCAUUUUCCUGACACUCAUGAUUCAAGAAACUAGCGGAGAAGAAAAAAGAGCACUACCUGGCUUCAGUCUUUACAGUGUUUUCCUCAGAGUCCAUAGUUAGAAAUUUAACCCCCAAGUGGCACAAUGUGCAAAGCAGAAUCGGCUAGGAGUUGUCUGGGGUCCAUCUCCAUGAGCGUGAACUGAUGCUGCUCUGGGAGUGGGUCAGUUCUGAUAACAGGAUGCAGGUCAGUCUCUGCACUCCUCCCUCCACCCAUUUUGUGUAUUUCUUUCUGGCCACAUGAUAUCUUCUGCCACACUACAAUGUAGCAAGAAGACCCUUGAUGGAAGCAGUUCUUGAUUUUGAACUACCAAGUCUCCAGGACAUGAGCCAAGAAAUUUUCCAUUAUUUAUAAACUACCAGGCUGUGGCAUUUAGAUAUAGCAGCAGAAAUCAGAGGAUGAGCUUCCCUACCAUUUCAUGACUACUUCUGUCUCUGCCUAAUACCUCAGGAAGUCUUUACAAUGAGUCAGGAAACUUCUGUCUUUUUCUGUAGCUGGUAGUGAACUCCUGUAUGGGUGAGGAAGGCAGAGGAAGUAAGUUCCCCUCAUUUGGUAGGAAGAAAGUCCUGCUGUCUCCUGCAUACCAUCUCUCCUUUCUGGAGAAAGUGUAUAUCCAAUUAUAUCCAAGAUGACUUGUUUUUUUGAGAUUCCAGUGCCUCAGAAUAAGACUAUUUUUGGAGACAAGGCCUUUAAAGAGGCAAUUAGUCUAAACGAGGCCAUUAGAAUUGUCUCAGGCACCAGAGGAAUGCCCACAUGAACACACAGGAGGAGACUGUCAGCUGUACUCAUGCCAGCAUUUUCACUUGGAUACCCGGCCCCUGGAACUGGGACAGAUUGAAUUCCUGUUGUAUAAGCCACCGAAUGCUGGGUAUUUUAUGGAAGCCAUGGAAAAAAAUAAAGCAUAAUACAGGAAACCGACACAGUGCAGUGCUGAGCCACCCUCCCAAAGCGUCACCGCGUGAGUUGGAAUGACUCACUGAGGAGCAAGCCCAGGGUGACCAAGGACCCCCUUUCUCCAACAAACUCUGGAUCUGGGUGGGCAAUAGGGCAUCAGCUAGCUCUGGUUUGACCACAAGCUAGCAAGGAGCCCAGAAACUGUCACAUAAAGGGAAGUAGCUACAUAAAACCCUCAGAAGGCAAAGGAACCUGAUGCUACCUCCAAUUGGGCUGAAACGCCAUCUUCCAUUUAGUAAAAUUUACAUUUGUGAGAUUUUUGCCCGCAUUCAUGCCUAGUGCUUGUGGAGAUCAGAAGAGGGCAAGGGCAUCAGAUCCGCUGGGAAUGGAGUCACAGAUGGCUGUGCACCACCUUGUUGGGGGCUGGGAAUUGAACCUGCAUCAUCUGAAGAACUUCGAAUGCUCUUAACCACUGAGUGAGUCAUUCUCUCCAGCCCUUGAAAAUAUGUCUUAAAGGAGAAUCUGACUUAGUUGUGUGGGCCCAGAAAGGAGAGGCAACGUUUCAGGAAGGGUAGAUCUUGGUUCUGUUAUAGCUUUGUCAACUUAACAUAAAGCGGACAUACCUGAGAAAAGGGAAUCUCAACUGAAAAAUUGUUUCCAUUCGGCCAUGUCUGUGGGAACUUUUUCUUGAAUGCUGAUUAAAGAAAGAAGGGCCCAGACCACUGAGUGUGUGUGUGCAUGUGCACCCGUGCAUGCCUGCAUGUGUGCCUGCGUGCAUGUGUGUGUAUAUGUAUGUAUGUGUGUAUGUGUGUGUGCAUGUGCAUGCAUAUGUGUGCAUGUGCAUACAUGUGCAGGCAUGUGUGCAUGUGUGUGUGCAUGUGUGUAUGUAUGUGUGCACAUGUGUGCAUGCAUGUGUGUGUGUGAUUCCUAGGCAGACAGGCCUGAGCUGUAAUACAAAAGUCUGCCGAACAACCCAUGGGAAGUAAAGCUGGUAAGCAAGCAUCGUUCUCCAUGGCCCUCGCUGCAGUUCCUGCCUUGGCUUUCCUUAAUGGUGGACUGUAACUUGUAAGCCAAGUUAAAAUCUUUCCCUCCCCAGGUUUUUGUUUUUUGUUUUUUUGUUUUUUUUUUGUAUUUUUUUUGUCAGUGUUUUAUCACAAUAAUAGCAAAAACCAAAGUAGAACAGUCCCACACAAGGAAGGCUUUUCUGAAUGCUACUGGCAACUACUACAGGUUUCCUGAGGUACUAGAUGAGGCUACAUGACCUUGUUCACAAAUAAUUUAAUUUUUGUGGUACUGGGGGGAAGCCCUAAGCCUCACACAAGAGCUAGGCAAGCGGUCUACUACUGAGAUGCAGCCCCAGUUGGACACCACUGUGUCAGAAAGAAGAUUUAAACAUAGAUCCCAUGUUUGGGCCAGGCGGACUUGGAUGUUCCUGUUGGCCUUGGCAUAAACCGACUGUUGCGGCUAAGGGGCAGAUUUCAAAUAUAUUUGUCACAUGGUCAACAGUUUUAUGCCCUGUGGAUCUGACAGCUAUUUUAAAAUGGUAGAUAUUUUUACCGAGAAUGAACUAGAAUAAAUAUUCAAUUUGCAGCGAACAAUCUUAGGACCUUGGAAACACAGAAAAAUGCCCAAGUAAUGCUUUGGGGCCUCAAAGUACUCGCUCUAGCAGGAAUGCAUUUGCGAUAGCCAAAAAUGUUAAACUUACUCUGUGCAAAACUGACAUCUCAAUUUUACAAAUCGGGGAAAAAAAAAAACCCAACAACAUUGGACUAGAUUUAUCUACUAAAAGCUAAUUUCUCCUGCAAGAAUUUGUUAAAAUUACUCGCAGUAAGAGCCAACACGGUAAAAGCUGUAAUUUCCCAACUACCUUCAGUAUAUGAGAUUUUGAGAGAGUCGAUAGAAGGACGAGAUGAUUUGGUGGCUGUAUCAGAAACACGGUUUUUCAUAGCCACAAAUUGCUACAGAAUAAUGGAGUGCCAGUGGUUCAAAAAAAAAAUACUGCCUGCUGGCACUACCUCAUUAAGGCACACCCCUUAAUCACCGUGGACCCUCGGAGCCCAGCCCAGACCGCAGAGGGAGGCCCAGCUUGCUGGGGAACAACAAAUGUUGGGAGAACAGAGCUAGCAGCUGGCUGAACUUAAGACACCAGGAAGGGUCCGCUGACAGGGGAACUUUCUUUCCUGGGGACCCCUGAUCCUUUCGGGUUCUUACCCACAAGAAAUAAGCCUCCCCUUCCCGUUAUACCCAGCUUUCCGCAUUGGCACCCAUCAUCUCACCACCCGGUCACUUGCCUCCCUGGGGGAGAGCCUCUCUAGAGAAAGCUCCUAAAGGCAUCUCCAAGGCAUGCCAAGAGGGGAAAUGCCGACGGUGCAAGGGACAAGAGAUACAGAGAGACCUAGCCUCCUCCAGCUGUCCACUGGGCUCUAGGGGAAGCUCAGACGCUGUGGAGAUGCUGAGGUCAACAAGAACUUGAGGUUUUAGCAGCAAGGGUCGUGCUUACUCUGACCCAUUCAAGUUAACCCUGUCAUAGGAGAUGAUCCUGGGUGGGAUCACCCUGUCCACCUCCACCUUCGAGAUCGCAGCCUCUGAUGGCACGCACGGGGCAAGGGCUCCAGAGGCCACUGGUGAAGGACCGCGGUGCAGACCUGCGGUGUGUGCGCGUGCGUGUGCCUGGGUAUGUGUGCGUGCAUAUGCGUACGCGCGUGUGUGAAUGCGUGUGCGUGUGUGCCGCCGCCUGGCGACUCGAGCCCGACAGGUGCAGGCGCGCCGGCUUCCCAUUGGCCGCGGCGUCGUCCUCCGCCCACGCCAUCCCCUUACCCUCACUACCGGCGCUGGCUGGGACUCUCCGAGGCGCGUGCAGGCCCGCGCGCCCCUGCCCUUGCCGCGCGCGCCUGGGCCUCGUCCCUUCCUCCCCUUCUCCGCGCCGCCGCGCGCUCCCGAGCUCAGGUAGCGGGCGCGCGGGCGCCUCGCCGGGGGCGCGCAGCCCGGCAGCCGUGGCCCUCGUCACCCCCGCCCCCGGCCGCUCGGGGGAGCCCGGGGAGGGAGCGCGCGGCGGGACGGGCGGGGGCGAUGUAGCCCGGCAGCCGCCGAGGCUUCCGUCUCGCUCGCUCGCUCCUCUGUCUUGCUCGCUCGUUCGCUCGCUCGCUCGCGCAGCGGCGGCAGCAGAGGUCGCGCACAGAUGCGGGUUAGACUGGCGGGGGGAGGAGGCGGAGGAGGGAAGGAAGCUGCAUGCAUGAGACCCACAGACUCUUGCAAGCUGGAUGCCCUCUGUGGAUGAAAGAUGUAUCAUGGAAUGAACCCGAGCAAUGGAGAUGGAUUUCUAGAGCAGCAGCUGCAGCAACAGCAGCCUCAGUCCCCCCAGAGACUCUUGGCCGUGAUCCUGUGGUUUCAACUGGCGCUGUGCUUUGGCCCUGCGCAGCUCACCGGUGGGUUCGAUGACCUCAACGUGUGUGCUGACCCAGGCGUCCCAGAGAAUGGCUUCAGGACCCCCAGCGGAGGUGUCUUCUUUGAAAGCUCAGUAGCCCGAUUUCACUGCCAAGACGGUUUCAAGCUGAAGGGCUCCUCAAAGAGACUGUGUGUGAAACGCCUCAAUGGGACCCUAGGCUGGAUCCCAAGUGACAAACCUCUCUGCAUACAAGAAGACUGCCGGAUCCCCCGAAUUGAAGAUGCUGAGAUUCAUAACAAGACAUAUAGACACGGGGAUAAGUUGAUCAUCAACUGUCAUGAGGGAUUCAAGAUCCGGUACCCCGACCUGUACAACAUGGUUUCGUUAUGUCGUGAUGAUGGGACGUGGGAUAACCUGCCCAUCUGUCAAGGCUGCCUGAGACCUCUAGCCUCUUCCAAUGGCUACGUGAACAUCUCCGAGUUCCAGACCUCCUUCCCUGUGGGAACUGUGAUCGCUUAUCGCUGCUUCCCUGGAUUUAAACUCGAGGGUUCUGAGUACCUUGAGUGCUUACACAACCUUAUCUGGUCGUCCAGCCCACCCCGGUGCCUUGCUCUGGAAGCCCAAGUUUGUCCACUACCUCCUAUGGUGAGUCACGGAGAUUUCAUCUGCCACCCGAGGCCUUGUGAGCGCUACAACCAUGGGACUGUGGUGGAAUUCUACUGUGAUCCCGGCUACAGCCUCACCAGUGACUACAAGUACAUCACCUGCCAGUAUGGAGAGUGGUUUCCUUCCUACCAAGUCUACUGCAUCAAAUCAGAACAAACGUGGCCCAGUACCCACGAGACCCUCCUGACCACAUGGAAGAUCGUGGCAUUCACAGCCACCAGUGUGCUGCUGGUGUUACUGCUCGUCAUCCUGGCCAGGAUGUUCCAGACCAAGUUCAAGGCCCACUUCCCCCCCAGGGGUCCUCCCAGGAGUUCCAGCAGUGACCCUGACUUCGUGGUAGUGGACGGAGUGCCUGUCAUGCUCCCGACCUACGAUGAGGCUGUGAAUGGCAGCUCGAGUGCCUUAGGCCCCGGGUACCUGGCCUCCGUGGGCCAGGGCUGUCCUUUACCUGUGGAUGACCAGAGCCCUCCAGCCUACCCCGGCUCCGGGGACACGGACACAGGCCCUGGGGAGUCAGAAACCUGUGACAGUACCUCGGGCUCCUCCGAGAUGCUCCAGAGUCUAUAUUCACCCCCGAUGUGCCAAGGGGGCAGCCGCCCUGCCCCAGACACCCCUGACACGAUUUCAAGCACAGCAGGGGAGGUAGCAUCCACAAGCCCAGGCAUCGACAUUGCAGAUGAGAUCCCACUCAUGGAAGAGGAUCCCUAGUCUGGUAACAUCCUGCUAACCCCACUGUCCCCUUUGGGGGAAAGAGCCUUGAACCUUGGAGAGAGGCCACAGGAGGACAGAGCUUGGGCACAAGGGGGUGCUUUUAAUCUAUCUACACGAGGACGGUGAUUCAUACCACACAACUCCAGCAGGACUGUGGGUCUGGCCGACAGCAAUGGCGGUGCUUUCAAAUGAGACUCAAGGGUUUAUCAUGACCUGCAGGGAACAGAGGGCAGAGGGGACUCUCUCAGCCUCACCCCCCAUGACAGAGCUGAGUGUCUCUUGCUACGAAGCGUGAGACAGUGCCACACACAUCCUGGCGAGUCACAUAUCCUGUUGCUUCUGUUAACAGCAGUCCCUGCUCCUCCAAAAGCAUGCCAUAUUGUAUAAAUCUGCUUCUAAACUCUGCUUUGAACUGUCUAGGGACUUUAGAUCUGGACAGGUCGGCAUCUGUAAAAAGCCCGUGUUGACCUGCAAACCCAGGAGCAGAUCCUCUCUUUGCCCUUACUCGGAAGGGACGGGCUCCCACAGCUGAUCAAAGCAGAAGGAAGUGGCAGUUUGACAGAGAAAGGAAAGGAAAAGCCACCUCUGCUUUCUGGAAAUGUCUUCAUGCCAAGCCCCCAUGCUCUGCGCUGCCCUCUGGUGACAUGCAUCGGUGCCUGUGUCCAUGGUCUGGCAGUGGACCUGUGGCGUGGGGUAGACCAGUGACUUUACACGUGGGGAGAACGAGUUCAGAUGCAUCUUGUGGUGGACCAAGUAACCUGGUCGUGUUUGGUUUGGGCAUUGGGCAGACCCCACUCACAUUUAUCUGCUCAUGCCGUCCUACGUGGGCCAUUGCUGUCCCAUUGUUCUGACCCUAAAACCUAACCGUUCACUUAUUUUCCAAAAAGGCAAGUUUCUGUGAACACAUUCUGCGUUUGGAGGAGGACGAAAGCAUAAGCAGGAUCUUUCAUGACCAUCCCUCAGCCCCUCAGCUCUAUUUCAUCCCGCUAAGUCCAAAGGCUGGCCUCCCAGCCCCGAGUCACCCUGCCUGCCUGCUAUCCCAAGUUUCUAGGAGGGUCUCAUGGCACCCACUGGGUGUUGUGCCUAAGCAAUCCAUCGGUUUUUUUGAAGAAGCGUCUCUCCGAACACACGUCGGUCCAUGGUGUCGUUUCCAUCCCUCCUCUGGGUUGUAAACAAAUACAACCAAACUCUCAUCCAUUAAAAUCACUGUGCUGGUAGAGCACCGGGGGGCUGGAGGCUCGAUCGAAUCCCGCUUUCUCUCAACACAGACCGAUUAAAAAUUAAAAAAGAAAA